AAGUCCUUGGCGCCUCCAGCUCCGCUGCGCCCACAGUGCUUGCCUUCCUUCUGGCGAGGUUUAGAGCGGACAGGGGGCUCUCCCAUCCCCGUCUACCCUCGCUGUUUCUCCCACAAAGAGAGGGAAGGGAAGAGGAGGGUCGCCCGAAGUUUCUGGAAGCGCUUCGAACCUGAUUAUUUUCACUGCGUGGAGUCUAUAGAUACCAGGAGUCGGAUUUCUUGCCUUUACUGAUGGGAAACUCAGGCUCAGCAAGGUGGGAGCGACCUGCCAGCCCGAGAGGUAGCUAGGAAUCAUGGCAGGGCCCGGGCUGUGACCCCAUCCUGUGACCCCGUCCUGAGUGUUUCUCCAGUGGAGCCCGAGAACCUGGGAGUCCAGGCCCCAAGGCUGCUGCUUCCCUCAGCCGCCCACGUUUUUAACCUGGAGUCUGCCAGGGCCUGAUGUGGGGCCUUGGGCAGGGUUCCCGACUCCAGGGGCUGAGCUGAUGAGGCAGGAAUCCCAGCUAGUAAUUAUUACCUGCUUAUUAGUAGAUCAUGGCUGUUAGGGCUUAAUGGGCCACCAUUAAGGCUCGCUGGGAAAGGGCUGUAAGGGAGAUGGGAAGGACGGCCCCAUCAGCACUUCAGAUAUCCUGGAAACAUCUGGAUCUGACAAACAGCCCCUCCACACAACCCCUCAGGCUCCCCACCACCCUCUAGAUGAAGCCACUCCUCAGCCCCUUGACCCCUCUCUGACCUCUGUCAAUCUCUCUAAGCAGUGGACUCCCAAUUGCAGGACCCAAGUCUCUCUCACCUCAGCUGGGGUGCCCUCUCGGAGUCCCCACCCUCAGGCUGUAUUCCCACUGUAGCCUUGGAAUCAUCCAGAAUGAUGGGAUGGGCCGCAUGACCCUGCAGGGGACCUCAGGAGGACCCCAGAGGCCGCUGACAUCGCCUCCCGACUCCUGGGCCUGGCUGGUGGUGGCUGGCCGGGGCUCCCGCAGUUGGGGACAGAGCCCUCCCCAGACUAAGCUGAGGCUCCUGCCAACCUGAGCUGGAGCUUUGCAGCUCAAAGCCUAGAGAGGGGUGAGGGGCUCCCCUACCCCAGAUGCUGCCCCAGCCCCACUUCCGUGUGGGACCCUCUCUCUCUAUGGACCCCCACCCUUCAUUCAUCCAGGACUGACCAGAAUUCUGACAGGGUCUGAGCUGGGCACGGAGGUGCUGAGUGGACUGCUGGGGGAAGCCCAGCAUCUACCGGGCAGGCCGUGGGACCUGACCAACACUGGGGGAUAAGGGCACUGUCGUGUCCCGUCUGGAAGCUGGCGGUAUCCACAGAAGCCCAGCCCUCACGCCCUCUGACGCACCCAGGAUCCCAAGGCCUGAAGGGAGAAUCUCAUCCGGCCGCAGGAAUGAAGCACUGACACUACAAUAAUGAACCUCGAAAAUGUGAUGUCCACAACGAGGGCCAGACACAGGAGACCUCGUGCCUUCCAUCCACGUCCACAUGGGAUAUCCAGAACAGAAAGCAGGUGAGCAGCUGUCACAGGCUCGGGGAAGGGAACAGGGAGUGUCCCCUGAUGGGGACAGGGUCUCCUCCUGGGGCCAUGAAAAUGUUCUGGAACUAGACAGAGGGGCCUUGCCCAACACUGAAUGUGCUAACCACCACUGGGUCGUGCACUUUAAAUGGCUGGACACGGGACCUGCUGAGCGGCUAGACGCACAGGCCUGGCGUGAGCUGCAGCACGGAAGAAAUGCACACGAAGAAAGGGCUGAAUCAUGUGGUGUAUCACUUACACUUGCAGAAGAAAAUUUAAAAAGAGAAACGACUAGUGGAUGUGGACAGAAGCCAUCACGUAUUAUUAAGGACAAAAGUAGUUCUGGAAGCAAAGUUCCCUACAGGAUUCCCUUGUUUGUGGUGGGGACUGACCCUGUGGUGCUCUGGAGCUACUUCGGCCAGUUUCAUUAUUUUGAGGGAGGGUCUUGCCGAGCUGCCCAGGCUGACCUUUAUCCUGCAGUCUGCCUGCCCGGCUGCUCAAGUCCCUGGGAUUACAGGGUGCUGCUGCGCAUGGCAGCACGCAUCACUUUCCCAAGGAGCAGAAAUGACUUGGGUCACAUACUUGGGAGGGAAGAGAGAACAAGCCACUGUGUUCAGAGAAGCAGGAAAUCCUCUACCCAGAGGGGCCUGUCACUGUCCUCAACAGUGUCCCCUCAGAAUACACCACCUGGGCCAGCACCUACUCACCAUGGGAUGGUUCUGAGCCGUCUUCAGCAGCGACAAGGGAAGCUGCAAGGCAAACAGUCACAUGACUUGUCUGACUGGCACCCCAAUGCCUCUUGGGGGCACAGGAGUGAACCUGGACCACCCCCAGAUGAGAGUGCCUUCUCCUCCCUUGACCCAGGGGCCUCUUGCCCCUCCUCUCACAGAGGCAGCUGCCGCCUGGCCCUGGUGCUGACUCUUCUGGUCAUUUCUUGACACCUCUUGCUACAUUCAUCCACACCCAGUACGGAGCAGGGCGCUGCCCUGUGUUUACAGGCAACAUCACAACACAGGUCCUUCUGUUGCCUGCAUUUCCUAUUCAACUAGACAGUUUCUCUGAGAUGCCUCCAGGCCUGUGACUGGCCUCUGCGCCAACAGGUUCCGCCUCCAGGUCCCCAGCAAACCGCAGAUGGAAAAUAUUGAAGAAAAUAAA